AAGAGAAUGCUUUCAUAGACGUGGUGGGAAGAAGGGGAAAUCAACAUAAAUGGAAUUGCUGCAACUUGACUGUGAUACAUGUCAACAUAUACUGCCACAGAGAACAUCUCAUUCAUUAAUUCUGUUACCUGAAUUAAGUGAUUUUGGUCUUCUAUUAGAAGAGACCAAACAAAUAAUAUGGUGAUACCACAGAUUACCAUUCUAUCCUUAUUAAUAACUCAAACAUUAUCUGCACCAACUGGAUGUACAGAACUCUGCAGUUCCUCUUUUAAGGAAUAUCUAACAUCUGGUAAUUUUCAAGAUCAUGCAUCACAAAGUGCAACUCUUUUACAAGGGCCUGAUUAUUCGCGACCUGGAACAUGGUCCGAGCACAACGACUACAAUGUAGAUAAUGGACAUGGGAAAGUGCAUGAAGAACGAGGUCAAUAUGUUGCUGGUCCUAAAACAGUGAGAUAUUAUAAGAAAAAUUAUGCAUCUUCAUACAGUACAAGAUACUCUAAUGAUGAAGGUUUGUCAGAUAUUGGACAUCAAAAUAAUAACUAUAGACAUAGUGUACCGGUGCCUAACACAGAUGGGCUUAGUUCUCAAAGGAUGUACGAUCAAAUAGGUAAUUCUGAAUCAAUUACACAACAGCAUAAAUACAAUGCAAUGCAGAGUCAACAGCAUAUGCAAUCAUCGAUCAGAAGAAGUGAUGUUCAAAGUGAAAGAUUAGAAGAUUUUGGAAAACACGUUGGAAACUCACAAGCAUUGCACCAAGGUCUAUCUGAUACUCAAAUUUCGCAAGUGCCAUAUUAUACUAAUAUUCAACCUGGAAAUUGGAGUAAAGUUGAUUCAUAUAAAACUGAUGGAGGACAUGGACGUGUUUUUGAAGAAGAGGGUCAAUAUGUAUCAGGAGCAAAAAAGGUUCGUUAUUAUAAAAAAAAUUAUACUUCCAGUUAUAGUUCAAAUGGUGGAAUACCUGAACCUAUACAAGCUGCAGUGCCAGAUUUACAAAAGGAAAUAGACAAACUUCACAGAGAAAUUACUCAGACAUCUGGUGUACACGCUAUAGGAUCCAGUGAUACCGCAUCAACAAAUAUUAAUGCGCAUGAUUCAGCUACUCUUCACAACAUAAACAGUAACAGGUACAGAAGUCAGAACAAUUAUGAAAGUAGUUCAUAUGCAACACAUAAUGAAAACCAACAGUUAAGAGAAGCUACCAAUGAACAAGUGCCUAUCAGAAUUCCAUCUCCAAAUUCUUAUGGAACAAAUAGUUACAGUCUGUAUGAAAAACAAGAAGGCCACAUAUCGAAAUCUCAACCAGUCAGUCAAAUAAUUGUUCCUACAUCAGGGUAUACUACUGUACUUAACACUGGAAAUAGUGGCCACAGUAGCAGUGUGCUUAAUACAGGUAUUUCACAACAACAAAUGGAUAACAUACAACAGAUGGAACAUUUAGACACACAUCAGUUAAGACAUGAUCAGAACAGUGCAAUUAACUCUGGUACACUAGGACGAGCUGCACAUUACAAAGAACACUGGAGUGCUAGUCAUACAAAAGAAGCAUCUGUUCCUCAGUAUGCCACAGGUAUUUCAGAAAUACGUAAUGAUAACAAUAUGCAAUACAACAGCAAUCAAUAUGAAAACAGACAUAUGAAUCAGGCUUUACAACAAGAUAGUUACAUGAAUCAGUUAAGAGAAAACAGUUAUAACUCUGCUCACCGAACACAAUUAGGGAAACUAAUAACUGGAACACUUGAUAUAGGUCAAACAGGAGAUACUGUUGAUUGUGCAUAUGAUACACAAAGCACCUCUCAAUAUAAAAUGAAAUAUAAGCGCGGUAUAAAGGAUGAUCAAAACACUGAUGAUACUUUAAUAGAUACACAACAAUCCCAUCAACCUUGGAAACCAGAUAGAGCACAUCAGCAUUCAGAAGACUUGACAUUGGAAACAAACGAACAAGAUGACCUUAAUCAGCAAACUAUGGGAAAGUUUGAGCUUGACCAGGAAUCACACCAAUCUUAUCAGCCUUGGAGAGCAAGUAGUGCAAGUCAACAUUCAGAGGAUUUGACACAACAAACCAGUGACCAUGAUAUUCUUACUCAGCAAACAUCGGGAAAGCUUGAAUUUGGCCAGGAAUCACAGCAAUCUUAUCAGCCUUGGAGACCACAAUCAGAGGAUUUGACCCAACAAACCAGUGACCAUGAUGAUCUUACUCAGCAAACCUCGGGAAAGCUUGAAUUUGGCCAGGAAUCACAGCAAUCUUAUCAGCCUUGGAGACCACAAUCAGAGGAUUUGACCCAACAAACCACUGACCACGAUGAUCUUACUCAGCAAACCUCGGGAAAGCUUGAAUUUGGCCAGGAAUCACAGCAAUCUUAUCAGCCUUGGAGACCACAAUCAGAGGAUUUGACUCAACAAACCAGUGACCAUGAUGAUCUUACUCAGCAAACGUCGGGAAAGCUUGAAUUUGGCCAGGAAUCACAGCAAUCUUAUCAGCCUUGGAAACCACAAUCAGAGGAUUUGACUCAACAAACCAGUGACCAUGAUGAUCUUACCCAGCAAACGUCGGGAAAGCUUGAAUUUGGCCAGGAAUCACAGCAAUCUUAUCAGCCUUGGAGACCACAAUCAGAGGAUUUGACUCAACAAACCAGUGACCAUGAUGAUCUUACUCAGCAAACGUCGGGAAAGCUUGAAUUUGGCCAGGAAUCACAGCAAUCUUAUCAGCCUUGGAGACCACAAUCAGAGGAUUUGACUCAACAAACCAGUGACCAUGAUGAUCUUACUCAGCAAACGUCGGGAAAGCUUGAAUUUGGCCAGGAAUCACAGCAAUCUUAUCAGCCUUGGAGACCACAAUCAGAGGAUUUGACUCAACAAACCAGUGACCAUGAUGAUCUUACCCAGCAAACGUCGGGAAAGCUUGAAUUUGGCCAGGAAUCACAGCAAUCUUAUCAGCCUUGGAGACCACAAUCAGAGGAUUUGACUCAACAAACCAGUGACCAUGAUGAUCUUACUCAGCAAACGUCGGGAAAGCUUGAAUUUGGCCAGGAAUCACAGCAAUCUUAUCAGCCUUGGAGACCACAAUCAGAGGAUUUGACUCAACAAACAAGUGACCAUGAUGACCUUACCCAGCAAACGUCGGGAAAGCUUGAAUUUGGCCAGGAAUCACAGCAAUCUUAUCAGCCUUGGAGACCACAAUCAGAGGAUUUGACCCAACAAACCAGUGACCAUGAUGAUCUUACCCAGCAAACGUCGGGAAAGCUUGAAUUUGGCCAGGAAUCACAGCAAUCUUAUCAGCCUUGGAGACCACAAUCAGAAGAUUUAACUCAACAAACAAGUGAUCAGGAUGACCUUACCCAGCAAACGUCCGGAAAGCUCGAAUUUGGUCAAGAAUCACAGCAAUCUCAUCAGCCUUGGAGACCACAAUCAGAGGAUUUAACUCAACAAGCAAGUAACCAUGAUGAUUUUACCCAGCAAACCUCGGGAAAGCUUGAAUUUGGCCAGGAAUCACAACAAUCUUAUCAGCCUUGGAGAUCAGCUAGUACAAACCAGCAAAUGGGGGAUUUGACUCAACAGACAGGUGAAUUCGUCGAUCUUACUCAACAAACAUCUGGAAAGCGGGAAUUUGGACAGUCGUCACAAACUGACACUUAUGCAAUGGAACAGGAAUCUACGACACAUAUUCCUAAACCUGCAGGAAAACCAAAACCCAGAUCCAGAUAUGCAAGAGUUGGUUCAGUAGGUAAUACACAGAUCCAGAAUCAGAAUAUGUAUUAUUCUAACAUCCAGAAACCUACAUAUCUUAACAAAGAAGAUACAUAUAUUCCAAGCAUUUAUGAAAUACCACCUUAUGUUGAAUCUGAAAAUGAUAAAGAUAAUAUUAGAAGUCAAGACAUUCGAGGUGAUCAAUUUGCCCAAAAUUCUAACAGAAAUAAUUCUAAAGAUUCAAAUCGACCAACUGGAAUCAAUUCGUAUAAUAUUGAAGGGGAUAAUGUAGAUCAAGUAAAUUGGUUACAUAAAUCUAAUGAUGCAACUGUUGGUUUACAAUGGCAUUAUACCUAUCACCCUAGCGAUCACAGACAAUUUGUGCAACAAACAGAUCAAAAGGAUAAGGAAAACUUACAGCAACAAACAAGCCAAAUAAAAUUUUCUGAUUUGCAACAAACUACUGAUCAACAAGAAACUCAAGGUAAAUACUUAAUUAAUGAUAAUCAAGACAAUCAAGCAUCACAGUUAUAUCUGGAUUCUGAAAAUUAUGCAUUUGGACAAGCAGCUAAAUCUGAUGAAGGAACAGUUAAUCAAGAAACUGACAAUGAACAAAAAUAUAUUAGAAGCAGUGAAAAUUUACAUCAGCUAGAGCCAAGAAUUUUGGAAGCAUAUGGAGGUGGACCGUACGAUGUAUCUCAUAGCGAUGAUAUAUACCAUGGAAUUACAAUAAAUCCAAGUGCUACACUAUCACCUAUUAAUGGUGCUGAUCCAUGGGACAUUCGUGAAAAACCAGGAGAAACAACGCCUCCACCAAUGCCUGUGGAACCGUUAGACCCAAUUGAUGUAACAACACCUUCAUCAUCUUUCUGGUCAAAACUUGGUCAUAAAAUAACAAACAGUUUUGAUAAAGCUAAAGAAAAAGCUAGAAAUAUUUUUGGAUAAAUAUGUAACUAUUACACAUUGUUGACUAUUUAUUUAUAAGUAAUUUGUUUUGUAAUAUAAGAUUUGUCAUUGUAAACAAUUUAUUUAUCAAUGUCACGUAAUAUAUUAUUCUCAUUUAAUUUGUUAAUUUAAUGAUUUGAAGAAAACAUUGUAGUAUUAUAGAAUGCAAUUAUUCUAUAGUUAUUGUAUACCUUGUUAUUUAAAUAAAAUUUCUUUUAUAAUGUUUCACCUUC